UGCGCCACAAAAGAUGGAGGUCGUGAAGGCUCGCUCGGCUCUUCUGUCUAACUAUGAGGUUCUCUCGCUCUUGCAAGAACUUGAGAGCGAUUUCAUCGCAAGGAGUAAGACGGCCGUGCGGAUAAAGAAGGAAGAGGAAGCGGCAGGCGGGUUAGGUUCAACACGACCUAAAGUCGCCGGCGGAAAGGACCCAACAGUUGUAGAAAUCAGCGAAAACCUGCGAACCAUUGAGGUCGAAACAAUACAGUACCUCUCAGCAGACUACCAACCGACGAGCGCGCAGACACCUGAGGGCAUCAGCAAACUGAUCAAGUCUCUUGAGCCGUACGGUUUGACGAAGGCAGAGAAACUACAGAUCGUCAACCUUGCGCCGACCAACAUCAUCGAGCUGUAUGUGAUCGUGGAAGAGCUGGAGGAUAGGCUGGGAGACCAUACGGAGGAGGUCCUCGCGCGCGUGCGGGAGUCACUUAACGCAGCGGCGACGGGUAGGUCGGUCGGUGGCGUGCAGGCUGCGGGGACUGCUGGCGCGGGAACGCAAAAUAAUUCGUCCGCGGGCUGGGAUGAUCCUUUCGCAGAAGGAGGGGACGCGAACGACCUCGUAUUCGACGACACGGGCGAAGGCGCGGGUGUCGAAGGCGACCUGGACAUGGAGGAGGACUGAGCACGUGCGGUGGCCCUCGACAUUUCAAACUUCCCAUUCUGUAUCUUCCCUCUGUACCUCUUCAGACUCAAUGCACUGCCCAUCCUCGCGGGUAACCAUGCGGAGGAUUAAAUCCCGGAAGACAACCACGAGCCUGCGUCGGGCAAAUCAGCUGAUAGGCGGCUGGGGACGGAUGCCGGGGAUGGGUGCGGGUGGGUCGGCGACGUGAACCCGUUAUACGACGGCGUGCAGCGAUGCGUCGAUAAAAUCUCCUCCUUCCUUUCCACCCCCACGACGCUCCUGCCGGUAGAUGCGAUGUCGGACGAGGGCAAUGCCCCGUCGCCGGACGCGACCCUCGGCGU